UCCGCGGCGUUGGUGCCAGGCUAGGUGCACUCUUAGGCCACGCGAAGUGUCGAAGGCUCGCUGACAGGAGGUCACGGGGCAGAACCCUGCAGGUGCCAUGGGGUUGACCGACUCGAGAUGGCUGCAGACGCCACCAGCUGUGCCAACUCGCCGCGUUUUAGCCGCCCGCCUCUCCGCUCGUUGUUGUGAGCGUCCCUCACGAGCCUCCUCCUCCACAGAGGCCGAUCUUGACACCGCCGGUAGCGCUCAUCGGCAAGUCCACUCAGCUCCACAUCCUCCAACCAGCCUUGAUCCCAGCCCUGCAACAACCGUGACCUCAACACAGACUCCACGCCUAUCUUCUUGCACGAUACCCAUAAAGAGGAGAUUCUACAUCAGAAUGGCGUGCGCGAUGGCAACCCCAGUGCUUGAGCCUAGCAGGGACUUCCCGGCGUGGCUGGAGGCGCAGGGCGUGAACGAGGAGGUGGCCCGGGCCAUGGACUCUGAGCUGGGCAUCCGGGACUACGGGGUCCUGCGCGCCUGCGUCGGGGACGGCCUCGUGCGUGCCGAGCUGCUUUCCACGGCGCGCGACCGCCUGCCCUUCGGCUUCUACGCCGUGCUGCGGCAGGUGGUGAAGGCCCUGCAGGGUGCCGAGCUCCACAACGCUGGGACGUCACCCUGGGACGCUGUGCCAUCUCCGGGCGACGUGACGCUGGGAGGCCUGGUGGACGUGCUGCUCACACUUUUCAGCGGCUUGAGCUGAGAGCUACUGGUUUGCGCACAGAGGCUGGGAGACUUUGAUGGUGCUGGGGCCAGUGCCGGACGCUCCAUUUCGGACAGCAAGGAAAUAAUUUUUGAGGAAAAAGCAAUGGAUGAUGCGGAUGAUCAAGAUGUCGAUGAAAAUGAUGGGCACACCCGGGCCUCAUCAGAGGCAGGAGACUGCAGCCCAAACCCGUCGCUGCACAUGAUCAAAACCGAGGCAAGCUGCGCUGACGGUGAUCAUCAGAGUCCCACGUCGGACCAGAGAGACUCCAGCCCCAGCCAGACGCCGCCCAGGAUAGAAAGAGACGCGUGCGGAGGUAAUUCGGGCUUUGUCAUCCAACAAGUGACCUCGCUUCAGGAGAUGGGACUGGACCUAACGAAUGCAACCAAUGUUGACUCCUAUCCCUGGCUUCAACAGCAACAACAGCAGCAGCUGCCGGUCGACAAAAUACAAAUUGACACUGGCUGCACGGUCCCGCCCAUGUGUGCCGCUUACCUGCCCAAGCCGCUCACCGAAGACCACAUUGACAGGCAGGACGAGGCACCGUCCAGGAGCGACACUCUGCCUCCUGCCGCCGCCGCCGCGUACCACGUGCCGAACUUUAAGCUGGUGCGGCGGCGGCGCAUGCUGCCGGUUCCCGUGCCGGCGAUUGCGGGCGGUGAAGACAACAAGCCGUUCCGGUGCAGCGUGUGCGCCCAGCGCUUCUCGCAGCGCGGCAACCUCGAGACGCACCUGCGCACGCACACGGGCGAGCGGCCGUACCGCUGCGCGACGUGCGGACAGGCGUUCUCGCAGAGCGCCCACCUUAAGUCGCACCAGCGCACGCACACGGGCGAGAAGCCGUACCGCUGCAAGGUGUGCGGCCAGAGCUUCUCGCACAGCGGCAACCUGAAGGCGCACCAGCGCACGCACACGGGCGAGAAGCCGUACCGCUGCAGCAUGUGCGGGCAGAAGUUUUCAUACUACUGCAGUCUCAAGCGUCACCAGUACACGCACACGGGCGAGAAGCCGUACCGCUGCAGCAUGUGCGGGCAGAAGUUUUCAUACUACUGCAGUCUCAAGCGUCACCAGUACACGCACACGGGCGAGAAGCCCUUCCAGUGCUCGGAGUGCAAUCGUGCAUUCCCCGACCUGAGCAGCCUCAAAAGCCACCUCAACGUCCACCGACGCUACAAGCUCUCGCAGGGGCGGUGGCGGUGAUGCUGGGAUAAUUGCCGCCGAGUCGAGGGUUGGAUAUAACACCAUGUGCGAAGCUCAAGCCGUUAUCUUGGCUCAAGUAAUAACCUUGAACAGAAAGCCUUGACUGAAACAUACAUAGCGAGUGUUUGUGGUAACCGUAAUGCUAAUCCUUCACGAAUCCCCAGUCUCAAAUCUAUCUGGCUUGACCACCUGAAUGUGAAAUUGUAGUUGUUGCUCUGCGAAAGAAGAAGGCAAAACCAAAUCCCGAGCCCCUUUCGUAAUAAAACCUAGUCCUAAUGCAAUACAAUACGAGCCCUAGCUUAGCAAAGACCUUGCCAUAACCAACUCUUUCCUUACCCCAGAAUUAAUCCAAGGAAUCCUUUAAUGCUACCCCUAACCCUGACAAAAUAUUCUAUCUCAAGUUUAAAACUCUAGCCACCUCUCUCCGAGCCACAGGCCACACUGUAAUGUUUCCAAUCAUUAAUUAAUUAAGGCCAGGGUUGACAAACAAGGCAUUGCUGUGAAUACGGCGCCCGACAGGUGACAGAUGAGCUUCACUUUUUGAAAACGCAUGCCGUUACGGUGUCUUCGAUGGACACCUGGUCUCGGUUUCAAAUGACACUUGCGUUUCCCAAUGAGCUCUUACUUGGUGAAACAAAUCUGUUACUGACCAAUGGCAACGAAUGACCACCGAAUGCCACCUCGGCUACAGGAACCGAUGGAUGGAUGACGGAUCGAAGGGAUUCAUGUGUUUUUACGGGAAGACAGACCAGGCAACACACAGCCGUUAUGAUAGAUAAUUGAUGCACCGCAACAAGAGUGACAGGCUCAUCACCAGUGAUGAUUUGUAUCUGGGGCCAAUAAGCCCAUCCUUAUUAACAACAGUUAACCCCCUGAUGUGUCCUUCACUCAUAGGCACUCGCGUUCAAGUUCAAGAGGUCAUCAUGGACAAUGCCAUGUAUGCCAUGCCACACCUCGCUGUCAUUGCUUUCACUUCGGCCGGAUCCUGCAUUCCGGCAGAUGGACUUAAUGUUGAGGGUGUCGAUAUGUGUGCCACCCCCAUAUCAGAGGUCGCAACCGGGUACCCGAUACCCUACCCGAUACCCGGCUACCCGUACCCGGCCGGGUACGGGUAGCCGGGCCGGGUACGGGUACCCGUUUGCGACCCUGGUGCGGCCGGGUACGGGUAAGGAAUCAAAACCCGUUUUCUCCCUCUACUUUCUCCUCCUGGUAUUGGUUCCCAUUCAUGUGGGACUGCCUUCCUCAGCCACUCCAUUUAUUCCCAUCCUGGGCGAUCCCCAUGCCCACUCCACGGUACUUUAUAUCCUGGUUUGCCACUUCGUACACCACAAUCCCCUUCUAGGUGAGCGUGUGUGGACAAUGUUUGAGGAACAUUGGGGAGCCGCAGUUGAACAUUUGAAUGCAGUGGUUGUGAUGCAGAAGAUGCGUUUCUGUAACCCAGUGACGCGGAGAAAGGCUUCGUGGAUCGUGGAGAGAUGGUACUGUGAUGUGCCUCAUAAAAUCACUUGCAUGGGCGUGCAGGAUAGCAGCACACGUGACUCUUGAAUAUCGCGGGGCGGGGUGGGUACGUUCUUGGAAAGUGCCACUAAAGCCAAAACCGCAAAAUUCAAUAUUUAAUCCUUACAUAAAUAAUGAGGUUAGGUACACGGCAACCAAAUAAUAGACUGUCUCAAUUAAAAUAAGUACUCUACUGUAUGCCUAAUACACUAAAAGCCAAGUAGUUGAAAUAAUAAUGUUAAAACCCGAUACAAAAGCAUUCGCAGACAAUAAAUCGUAUAAAUACUGUUCUUACCGAUGAUGAUCCAAAGUGGGCGUAUAUGUGUGUGUGUUUGUCAUCUCAGUCGACCCAUGGCACCUGGGUCUGCCCCGUGACCUCCUGCCAGUGGGCGUUCGACACUUCACGUGGCCUCAACGUCGUGCACAUCGCCUGGCACAAGCACCGUGGUGACUUCGCCACCAACUAGUGGCGACUGGCGGUUGAUUGUCCGUGAGUGGGGAGGAAUAGUGCUACGAUUAAUUCGCUGCGCUAUGAACCCAGCAACCCAAUUUAGAUUCCUGCUCACGCCCAACACCAAUGACGAUUAUCUAAAUCGGUCCUGGGCCUCCCCUGGGUCAGCUUAUCUACUCGGUACCUGGUGUGGUGCGUAAACAUCGCUACUGGGGAGACAAACAUGACCGGGUGUGGUGCUGGCUACCUACCCCCACGUGUGCCGUGCCAGCCUUCAUAGGUGCUCGCUAACAGCACUUGCCCCAACAGUCUGUUAAUACUCUUUGGUUCUGUCGGUGAAGUCACGUAGGUUCCCGAAAGAACCAAAGAGUAUGGAUUCCUGCAGUCACGAAAGCUUCAAAUCAAGUCUGUUAAUAGGUUAUACGGGGGGCGUCUUUGUCCGCGAGAUGCUUGCACGACCAAAGGUUGAGGUGCGACUUGACUGCCUCGCGUCUCUCGCCCGCCCCGCACUGCGGUAUCAGCCAUACAACACCAAAAACUAACCACCUCGAUAGCUAAAUUGCAACAGAAAAAGGUUGCCUGCAAUAGGUAGAAACCGCGAACGAUCACCCCGUGAUAUUCAAGGGUCUCCUGUACUGUGAGCAGGUGUCUUUGCUGGCUGCCUGUACACAUGUGCACUGUGCAGCCUUUAAUGGGUAAAAUAUAAUUUCCAAUCUUAGGCAAUAUCUUUGUGUUCUCUCUCUCUACUCUAUUUACUUUUAUCUAAUAAUUCACAGCCCUUUAACAACCCAUGACUGGAUGGAGGCCUUCCCACGCUGUGUCAAUUUUGAUUAAUGCUUUCACUCCACUGCCAACAGUCCCUGAAACUUUUGUUCAGCUAUCUUCAUGUAUGGAGAUUUUCUGAUGGUCGUUGAGCCAUUGACCCAAAAGUUGCUUAUCGGCAGGUACCACAUAGAGUGUCAAAUGCUAACAAUUUUUUUUUCCUUUUAUCUCUCGAUCACAAAUAUGUAUAAUAGUAAGGUCACCAUAUAACUUUUAAUAAAACAGUUUGAAAAAGGGUAGAAUAUGAUAAGAAAUUUUUUGGAUACAAAAAAAACUCAUGUCGAUGUGAAGUGUGAGUACUUCCACCUCUUCCAAGACGUCUGGCCAGCGUGGAAGAGUAGACCGAAUAUGCUUAUAUAGAGAUCCCUCUAUGCAAGGCCCUCCAUCCACCAGUGAUAUGAGCAAGCAAUUUCAGGCUUGCAACUUCACCUUGAUAUGAAACAUCGACAGAAUAUGAAACUAAAUAUAAAGUGUCUAUAAGACUGACAAUCUUGAAUUUGAAGCUUUCGUGACUGCAGGAAUCCAUAUUUUUUGGUUCUUUUGGUAAA